CUAAAUCUGUCAAAAAAAUUUGUUUCUUUGUGAAUUGUGUUGUAUGAUUUGUUUAUGGUGUUUUCUAAAUAUUCCAUUUCCUUUGCUAUUAUUACGAUUAUUUAAUAAAUUUGAGCAAUGUCAUACUUAUUAACUGAAAUAGCUCUGGAAAUGCUUGGAUAUAAGUUUUAUGAUAUUGACGGUAACUUCGGUCCCACUAAUUUUCAACAUGUUACUGCAGGGCAACAGUGCCAAGCAAAUGAAAUAUGUGCUGAAUCUCUGCAAACUGUAAUGGUGUUAGAUACAGAAAAUGAAAAUGUUACUAAUGUCUCUAAUGAUGGAAAUCACACCGAAAAUUCAAAGAAGAGUAAUUCCACCGAUAUAGUGGAUAAAUCUGGACAAGAACGUACAUUUUCUGCAGGCUUGAAGAAGCUUUUGGAUCUUGAAUAUGAGCGACUUCGAAGUCAGGUUGAACAGUCAAUAAAACAGGAAGCUGUUCGAAUAACUGAUGCAAACGGAGAUAGAACACUGGAAAAAAAUGCCAACACUAAAGAUACAUUGAAAACAUUUGUACUUAAAGAGAAAGAAAAAUUAAAGACCGAGUCUCGCAAUCUGAAAUUAUUUAGAAAUUUAGUGGAAACAAGCACAUACAAAAUGAAUCCAGAUGUUUUCAGUCAAUAUAAGAGAGUUUUCGUUGGUAGUAAUAAAUAAAAGUGAAAAUGCA